CUAUAAAGUGCUAUUUCCAUAUAUACAUUUCUUUUAUUAAUAGUAUCGUGCCCUGCUACACGUCGACAGGUGAACAGUUGUGGUAUCGUUAGGUAGUAUAAUCGUCACUAUGUUAUUAAGGUGCGGUCCGCGAAUGCAGGCACGUGGCCUGUUGGCCAUAAACACUUGCCGCUGCCGUUCAUCAAUCCGAACUCUAACUACAGGCAAAGAAGGUGAAGAUAAAGGCGCAAAAGACAAAGACUCCACUGAUGGAGCUAUGGAUAUGCUAACAGCCAUGCUGGAAAACAGUCAUAGUAACUCCAAAUCGGCCGGCUCGACCAAAGUAUCGCCGAAAAUCUCUUCGACAGGUGCGUUCAAAACUGAAGAGGGCGAUAAUGAAGAUGAUGGAGCGAUCAAUCUUUUGGCAUCCAUGCUGGAUGAAGAUAAAAAAUUAUCAAACGCUUCCAAAAGAUCGCCAAGCAAAGCUAGUAACGAAGAGCAGGAUAUCCUAGAGACAGCUAUAUUUUCAAAGAAAGCUGACGUCGAAGGAGGGCAGGAUUUUCUUUCCGAUCUUUUGAGCGGAAAGGUAGAGAAGGAGAAGAUAGAACCAGACUCAAUCUUCAAGACAUUGGACGUGCCUUCCAAGAAUAGGUUUAUCAGUCCAACUGCCAGAAAACUAAAAAAAUACGCCUCUGAGGACGAAGAUGGCUGGGUGCCUGAUUGGAACAAGAUUGCAAAGGAGCAGCACAAUCAAAUACCAAAGCCUGAGCGUCCUAAACCCAAGCCUCGACCCGAAUUAGUCGAGGGAGUGAGCAGUGAUGCAGAAGAGGUCGAGGGUGAUCUCGACGAAAAAGAGAAAGUGUGGCUGCAGAAUUUGAUGUCCAAGGUGACGAUUGCGGUAGAACGGAACCCUACGUACAACAAAACCCAGCGAGAAACGAUGAUUAAUAGCUUCAGACAAAUCGAUACGAAGAACAAAAAAACCGAAGCAUAGCCAUGCCUGAUGCGCUAGACUCAUCCAUAAUAGCCGAUGAGGGGCUGUCGGUAACUGAAGGGCACACUGAAUGGUUUCACUGUGAAUAGUUUUGGGCCUUUCAUUGGCCCACUUCUAUUCGAGAAGCCGCAGUGGUGCAACUGUUGUUUUGGAAGCAUGGCUGAUACCAGUGUUCUCGCCCAGAUCGGGACGCGUAGGACAAUUUCGUGCCAGGGUAAAAUUAAAUCCAUAAAAAGUCAAAUGUCCCAGAUUUCACUAGCUUGAAGAUAGGCAAGAUAUCUCCAAUGCUGAGCACAUCUUCCUGUGAUGCAAGG